GUAGUGAUGUCAUAUCCGUUGUUCAGGUCUCCCCAUCUCUCUCCUUAAUCUCUUUCUUGGGUCAAAACUUUUGAGGUGGGCUGGCUCUCCAGCAGCUAGGGAGAGCGUGGACUGGGCGCGCUGGCUGGAGGCGCUUCAGCACCUCGGCCAGCGCCCACUGCAGCGCGACCCACCCCGGGGAGCUGGCGGACUCCGCGCUGAGGAUGCCUGCGGAAUGAUCGUCCCCGGGGCGGCUGCUGCUGCUGUGCUGUGCUGUGCUGUGCUGUGCUGUGCUGCCGCCGCCUCUGCCUCUGCCUCCACUCUGCUCUCCCUGGCUGGCAGGCAGAAAGUGCAACGGGCAGGGAGCGAGGAAAGGUCUCUGCAGUGAGCGGAGUGGACACAGGAAAGAGAGCAAAGAGGGGCAAAAACCCAGAUCAGAAUGCAGGCGACGUCCAGCCUUCUCAACCUCCUGCUGCUGUCUUUGCUUGCUGGAUUAGAUCCUUCCAAGACUCAGAUUAGUCCCAAGGAAGGUUGGCAAGUGUACAGCUCAGCACAGGAUCCUGAUGGGCGGUGCAUUUGCACAGUGGUGGCUCCAGAACAGAACCUGUGCUCCAGGGAUGCCAAAAGCAGGCAACUUCGCCAACUGCUGGAAAAGGUUCAAAACAUGUCUCAGUCUAUCGAAGUCUUAAACUUGAGAACGCAGAGAGAUUUCCAAUAUGUCUUAAAAAUGGAAACCCAAAUGAAGGAGCUAAAGGCCAAGUUUCGGCAGAUUGAAGAUGAUCGCAAGACACUCAUGACCAAGCAUUUUCAAGAAUUGAAAGAGAAGAUGGAUGAACUCCUGCCCUUGAUCCCUGUGCUGGAACAGUACAAAACAGACGCCAAGCUGAUCACCCAGUUCAAGGAGGAAAUCCGGAACCUGUCUGCUGUCCUCACCGGAAUUCAGGAGGAAAUUGGUGCCUAUGACUAUGAGGAACUGCAUCAAAGAGUGCUCAGCUUGGAAACCAGACUGCGUGACUGCAUGAAAAAGCUAACGUGUGGGAAAUUGAUGAAAAUCACCGGUCCCAUCACAGUCAAGACUUCUGGAACUCGAUUUGGCGCUUGGAUGACAGAUCCUUUAGCUUCUGAGAAAAAUAACCGAGUCUGGUACAUGGACAGUUACACUAACAAUAAAAUUGUCCGUGAGUACAAGUCCAUCGCAGACUUUGUCAGUGGGGCUGAAUCAAGGACAUACAACCUCCCUUUCAAGUGGGCAGGAACUAACCAUGUUGUGUACAAUGGCUCACUCUACUUUAACAAAUAUCAGAGUAACAUCAUCAUCAAAUACAGCUUGGACUUGGGGAGAGUGCUUGCCCAACGAAGCCUAGAAUAUGCUGGUUUUCACAACGUUUACCCCUACACAUGGGGUGGAUUCUCUGACAUCGACCUAAUGGCUGAUGAAAUCGGGCUAUGGGCUGUGUAUGCAACUAACCAGAAUGCAGGCAACAUUGUCAUCAGCCAACUGAACCAAGAUACCUUGGAGGUGAUGAAGAGCUGGAGCACGGGCUAUCCCAAGAGAAGUGCAGGAGAAUCUUUCAUGAUCUGUGGGACCCUGUAUGUCACCAACUCCCACUUAACUGGAGCCAAGGUGUAUUAUUCCUAUUCCACCAAAACCUCCACUUAUGAGUACACAGACAUUCCCUUCCAUAAUCAAUAUUUUCACAUAUCAAUGCUUGACUACAAUGCAAGAGAUAGAGCUCUUUAUGCCUGGAACAAUGGCCACCAGGUCCUGUUCAAUGUCACCCUGUUCCACAUCAUUAAGACUGAGGAUGACACAUAGGCAGAUGUCAUCUAUCUAAAGGACAUAUGUUUGUCCUCUAUCUAAACACUGUCAUUUGUGAUAAACUCUGUAGGAUCUUGUCUGUCUAUUUCUUUAUUAUGACUUUUCAUCAUUUCUCAAAAGCAAACCAUUUUUUAUUGUAAAUUUGGUGUUUCAAAAGAGCAGCCAAGUCUGUCUAAGUUAGCUUGUUGGAAAUGCAUCUUAACUCCUAAAUUUAUAAGGCCUAUCAUGUCCUUGUCAUGAAAAGCACUAAAAAGAGUUUAAGUGGCUGAAGUCAUAAUUUUGCAAAAGAUUAAUGAUCUGCCUUAUAUUAGAGUCAUAGACUAAUGGUGGCUUUAAAUGCAUGAAUGUCCUUUUUAUUUUUUUAACUGUCAUCUUUUACUGUCUUAUGCUCCACAUCAGGAAAUAUUUUAGUAAGAAUUAGGGUUAAAAAAAACAGCACUUUCCCCCAUUUAUUUCUUGAAAAACAGAUUUAAGGAUUUCAUUUAUAUGGAAAAUAGUAUUCAUCAUUUUGCUGUUAACACAAUUCUCUGAUGCGGUGCUGUACAGCCGUUUUUAGAUCUCUUGCUAACAUUUUACUGACAAUAUGUAUUUCUACCAUUGUAACCACCAUUGUGAAAUUGUAUUUCUUCACUUCUGUGAAAGUAAUAUUUUUUAUAAAAAAUACACUGAAAUUUAAUCUCAGUUAUUAUUUGAGUCAAUUUUCAAGUGUGGUCAAGAAGAAUCUUCUUGACUCACCCCUUUGCAUAAUAAACUAAAAAGAAAAUCAGACCAGAUAUC